AUGAUUGGAGCUACUUCGUCGCUAUGUGUGGUGGAGAAUGAUACCAAAAAUGGAAAGGACCUAACGAUCGCCGUCUUACUGCCUCGCUAUCCAUGCCGGGGGUUGCAAGUACACUAUCCGUUCUUCCUACAGAUGGCGGGGCCCGCCAUUUCGAUAGCUUUACAAAGUGUGGAAUCUACGUUACUAUCCGAAAGGGAUGUUAAACUCAAAAUGAUCGACACCGAAUGUGAAUUAGCAAGCGCACAGUUUUCCAUGAUAGACCUUAUGUUCAACGAUACCGUACAUGUAGUGUUAGGACCGGGUAUGGAGUAUGUGGUCUCGGCCGUAGGUCGACUCCUCGCCAAGUGGGGGAUCCCACAGAUCACGGCCGGUGGACUGGCCGCCGGGUUCAUGACGAACGGCCAGAGAGCGAGCGACUAUUCUACGCUGACGCGAGUCCAGGGACCUUACAAGAAAAUGGCCGGGUUCACCUCCCGCUACUUCUCAAAUAUGGGCUGGAAUCAUUCCAUAAUGAUAUUCUUCGACAAUGAGAAGGUCACGAGCGACUGUAGAUUUGGAGUCGGUCCUAUUUAUAAUCUGAAUUUAAAAGCUGGUUUAACUGGAACAUCCUACAAACAGAUCGACGGUAAAGAAGAAGACUUUACUUAUCAACAGACAAAGGAUCUCUUACUGAAUACGAUCAGACCGGUUUCAAGAGAGAACAUGCUCAUACAGUUGUAG